AUGUCCCCCGACGCAUGCCAUGGCAAGCCUCUCCAGGCUCUCAGGCACGCCGCGCAGCCGAAAUGGGCCGAGCAAGAUCGCGUCUUGCAGGCCCGGCUCUGCUCCACUGUGAAGACCUCUAAGUUCGUGGCUCGCACACUGGGAUCCCAGGCCACGCCGGCACAAGUGCAUCCAAAGGUCUUCAGCACCGGAGGCAGCUCCUUCACAAACACUGUGGCCCCCUCAGCGGUCAGCAUGAGAUGCUCAAGUUUCUUCAAAAAGCCAAAUGCCGGCCUCCAUAUCUGCUUCGACCGCGACUCCGCAAGGGUGACAGAGCAGCUGACCAGGUUUGCCAAGGGUGCGAAUGUGGAUUGCCACUUGCGGAUCGGGAAGGUCAGUGUGACUUGCAGUGACCUCAGCAGCGGGCACUUUCGCAGCAACGCGUUCAACAGCAGCAGCUUGGAAUCCUCUGCCGGCCAGUGA